AUGGUGAAGCGUGUGGCAGUCAUUCUCUCUGGUUGUGGAGUGUAUGAUGGCUCUGAAGUUCAUGAAGCCUCUGCAGUGAUGGUGCACCUGAGUCGGGCUGGCGCCAAGGUUCAGCUAUUUGCCCCUGAUGAAGAGAUGAUGCAUGUCGUGAACCACUGUGAAGGGAAACCCGUGACAGAAAAACGCAACGUGCUGCAGGAGAGUGCUCGUAUUGCCCGUGGUGACAUCACAGACCUGGCCAAACUGAACGUCGCCGAUCACGAUGCCCUCGUUAUUCCUGGUGGGUUCGGCGUGGCGAAGAACCUGAGUGACUGGGCCACCAAGGGGAAGGAGUUCUCCGUGAAGCCUCAGGUGGAGAAGGUCAUUAAGAGUUUCCACCAGGCAGGCAAAGCCCUGGGCAUGUGCUGCAUCUCCCCUGUCAUCGCCGCCAAAACCAUCCCCGGCUGCGAACUCACGGUGGGGCAUGACUGUGAGAGCGAAAAGUGGCCGUAUGCACAGGUUGCAAAGACCAUGGGGGAGAUGGGCUGCAAACAUGUCAACAGAAACGUCGGGGAAGUGCACGUCGAUAAAAAGAAUAAGUUGGUGACCACUAGCGCCUUCAUGUGCAAUGCGCCAGUUCAUGAGAUUUUUGAUGGCGUUGGUGUCAUGGUAACAGAAGUGCUCAAACUUGCUUAAAGCAGACGGUUUUAAAUUCAGCUAGUCGCUGUUUAGUUUCUCUUUUUCAUUUUUGUCCGUCAAUGUUAAAGGUUUGCACUUGGACUGUGAUGUUUGUGAAAUAAAAACUGUUAACAAUCAUUAGGAAAAAAGAG